CCUACUAUCUUUACGCUUGUAAACACAAGAUAAGUGUUUUCAAUUGACUGCUCACAUCAUUCGUAUUCGAAUCGCGGCACGACACGGGAGCACAAAAUGGCGGAUAAUAACGGAAAAUUUGUGGUAAAUGAAAAUAUGGCGGGAAAAGUGGCCGUGGUCACCGGCGCCAACCGGGGGCUGGGAUACGAGGUGGUGCGCGCGUUGUGUGAGCGGGUCCCUGAGGUUACCGUCUACCUCACUGCACGAGAUGAAGUCGCAGGUCUUCAAGCCGUACAAGAGCUAAACAAACUCGGCCUCAACCCACAGUUCCACCAACUAGACGUUACUAACAAGCAGAGCGUAGCCAACCUCGCAGACUUCAUCAAGGCUACACACGGCGGAUUCGACUACUUAGUCAACAAUGCCGCUAUCCUCGACUACGAAGACGUAUAUCCUGACUACGAAGCUGCUAAGAAGAACAUCGACUGUAAUUACAGAAGCUUACUGACCAUUGAGGAGUACCUGUUUCCGUUAUUGAGGGAAGGCGCCAGGGUCGUGAACAUAUCGAGCGCCUGCGGCCACUUGUCCAAUCUCCGCAACGAGGCGUGGAUCAAGAUGCUGAAGGACCCGGAGCUGACGACGGAGCAGCUGAACAGCUUCGUGGAUCACUACCUGCAGAGCGUGAGGGACGGGUCAUUCAGGAGACAGGACUUCGCAGACGAGGGUCGCCACGCGGAGCACCGUGUGUCGAAGGUCGCUGUCACUGCGCUCACUAUGAUACAGGCGCGGAAGUAUGCAUCGCGGCACAUCUCGGUGAACGCGCUGCACCCGGGCCACCUGGCGACGGCGAUGGCGCGCGGCGGCGGCGUGACGUCGCCGGCGCGCGCCGCGGCCCUCGUGCUGUAUGCGCUGCUGGACGCCUCGCCCGCGCUCAGCGGCGCCUUCCUCUGGCACGACCGCCGCCUCGUCGACUGGUACGACCACCGAGGAGACUACCAUUACGUGCACAAGGAGUUGUAGGUUUCAUGUGAUUAAUGUUUUGCUCCUACAGGUUGACCCUUGCCCUUUGGCUCUCCUUUCGAGCAAAAUAGGUACUGUAGAAUUGAAUACCUGUAAUCGAUACCUGUUUAAGCGCCUGAAUAAAAUAGUACAUUUUUAGGUAACAAAAAAGUCUUUCUAUUUUUUUUAUAUAUAUUUUAGGAGAGCUAACGUUUCUUUGAUAUUAUUAUGGUUAUAAAUAGCUACUAAGUAAGUUUACCAAUAUAAUAUUCAACUGCAUCAUCAUUGUCGCCCGUCAUCUAU